GAGAUUCUGUUACCUAGGCAACGACGCAAGCGUCCGGAGGCUGGAGGUCGUUCUCUCAAGGCCAAGCUGACGGCUUUCCUGCGCAACUUCUCAGAUACCAGCUUUGUUUGUGCCAUUCACUCAAAAUUAUGGGAUUGUUUGACAAACUAGCAGGCUGGCUUGGCCUGAAGAAGAAAGAAGUUCAUGUUUUGUGCCUUGGAUUAGACAAUAGUGGCAAAACAACUAUUAUUAACAAGCUGAAACCUUCUAAUGCUCAGACCCAAGAUAUUGUUCCCACAAUAGGAUUUACUAUAGAAAAAUUCAAGACAUCAAGUUUGUCGUUCACUGUAUUUGAUAUGUCAGGUCAAGGCAGGUACAGAAAUCUGUGGGAGCAUUACUACAAAGAUUGCCAGGCCAUUAUUUUUGUCAUUGAUAGCAGUGACAAACUAAGAAUGGUUGUGGCCAAAGAAGAACUUGACACUCUCUUGAAUCAUCCAGAUCUUAAGCAUCGACGAAUACCAAUUUUGUUCUUUGCAAACAAGAUGGACCUCAGAGAUGCUGUGUCUUCUGUAAAGGUUUCUCACUUACUAGCAUUGGAAAACAUCAAAGACAAGCCAUGGCAUAUCUGUGCAAGUGAUGCUCUUAAAGGCGAAGGAUUGCAAGAAGGUGUAGAUUGGCUUCAAGAUCAGAUCCAGCUGAUGAAGACAUGAAAAACCAAUGAGCUGUGAAAAUGUCAUAAAGAACAUUUGUAGACAUCAAUGAAGAGCCUUGAUCAUAAAGACUUUUUUUAGGUCUGUUUGUGUCUUUUUGUUGGCUUUUAUAAAAGCCCAUAAAGUAAAAUAUUAUUUUUUGUAAAAAACGUAACUGCUGACAUGCACAUUCGUGAUACUGACCAAAAAUUUGGAAGUGGUUUGAUGGAACAUCAAAAUCAUUGUAUACAAACAAAAGAUGCUUUUUUAAAAUAAAAAAAAGUGAGACCAAAGAAGCAGCUACAAUAAUUUUGCUCUCUUAAUGCUCCUUAUAAUGUCUCAUAGUGGCUAAUGUACCAGUCAUGUAAAAUGGUGGUUUAGUGACAGGUGCAUGAGGUGGAAGAAGCUGUUGUGGGUUCUCAGGCUUUCAUAUCCCCUCCUUAUUCAACUAUCUACCUGGGAGGAAAACUUCUGCAUCUUCUUCCUGUGGUUUGUCUAAACAUUGACUUAUAUCAUCCAAACAGGAUGUAAUUUAUACAAACUGGUUAUUCUCCAGAUCAGCCAACUUCAGAUAAUGGUUUCUGAAGGUGUCUUGUUAAAACAACUAGAGUAUUAUAAAAUACAAUCCCUCUUCUGAAUGAUACGGCAGUUUGGGGAAACUGAAAGGUGCCCAAUUUGUACUCUAGGCCAUGUGGAAACAAAACCAGAAAGCAUGCCACACUGAGGUUUACACCAUAUCCUUCCUAACUGAAUACAUCUUGUUAAACCAUGAUUUAGCAUAAUCUGCAAGCUAGCCAACUGCAGUGGAAUUUUACCUUAAUUUUAAAUUCUAUUUUUCAUAGAAAUGACCUAUACCAUUUAAUAUUUCUCUGCCAUCUUUUAGUUGUAUGUGAAUUGUUUUUAUAAGCCACUAUGGAUGUGUAUGAGUACUUUGUCCUUGAUAUGUGCUGAUAUGUAUUCUGUUCUGUAACAA